AUGAGUGAACGACGAGAAAGUCUGAGUCUGCAGGACCCCGAGAAGCGGGCGAAGGCGGAUACGGUCGAACCAGCCAGUUUGGCUGACCACCUACGUGGCCGCCAAUUCAGUCUCGAUGCCACCGAUGUCGCCAUCGUCGAGACCGACCAAGGCAAGCUGCACCGGAAUCUGCAAGGAAGACAUAUGCAGAUGAUCGCCAUUGGUGGCGCUAUUGGUGCUGGUCUCUUUGUCUCAAGCGGUAGUGCUUUCCAAACUGGAGGCCCUGCCUCUGUGCUUCUCGGUUUCAUGAUCAUUGGUGACUACCUCGUGAUGCAAGCGCUCGCCGAAAUGGCGGUCAUGUACCCUAUCAACGGAGCAUUCACCAUGUACAUCUGCAGAUUCAUUGAUCCUUCGUGGGGUUUUGCUUGUGGAUGGCAAUACGGCAUUGGCUGGCUCACUGUGCUUCCUUUCGAGAUUUCAGCAGCUUGUAAUAUCAUCCACUAUUGGCAGGGCGUCGAGAACGUGAACGAUUGCGCUUGGAUCAUCCCGCUACUUUUCCUCCUUACCGUCAUCCAGUACUUCGGAGUCAGGGGCUAUGGAGAAGUCGAGUUUGUCCUCAGCGCAAUGAAAGUCACUGCCUGCAUUGGAUUUAUAAUCCUGGGCAUCAUCAUCGACUGUGGCGGCGUUCCAACCGAUCAUCGAGGCUACAUUGGGGCCAGAUACUGGCAUUCACCAUACAGUGCCUUCCUCAAUGGCUUCCACGGAUUCUGUACCGUCUUCGUCACAGCCUCGUUCGCUUUUGGUGGAACCGAGCUUACUGGACUAGCCGCUGCCGAGGCUCGAGACCCUAGGAAGGAAAUCCCCAAGGCGACGAGACAAGUCGUGUGGCGUAUUUGUAUCUUUUACCUCGUCAAUCUCUUCCUGAUCGGCCUUAUCGUACCUGCAAACAGUCCGCUUUACAACGACCCGGGAGCCGAAAGUCGACAUUCGCCCUUUGUGAUUGCUAUCGAACUAGCAGGCAUCAAAGCACUCCCCUCGAUAUUCAACGCCAUGAUCUUGAUUUCGGUCAUGAGCGUUGCCAACUCCUGCACAUUUGCCUCGACCCGAACUUUCCAAGCAUUGGCUCAACAUGGUAUGGGACCCAAGCUGUUCGCCUACGUCGAUAAGAAGGGCCGCCCUGUCGUCGUCACCAUCCUUCAACUUCUUUUCGGAUGUUUGGCGUUCCUCAACUUGGAUAAGACCGGGGGUGGUAAUGUCUUCAACUGGCUCCUGGCCUUGUCCGGUCUCUCCUCGUUCUUCAUUUUCGGGAGCAUUGCGAUAGCCCAUAUCCGCUUCCGAAUGGCAUGGAAACUCCAAGGCCACAGCGUCUCCGAACUCCCCUUUAAAGCCGCGUUCGGUGUCUACGGCUCUUACGUGUGCGCCGUCAUGAAUUUAGUGUGCUUGAUGGCCCAGUUCUACGUCGCCCUUUACCCCAUUGGCGGUCCCAAUCUCAACGCCAACAUCUUCUUCCAGGAUUAUCUUGCGGGCCCCUUCAUCGUUGCCCUGUACAUUGGCUGGAAGGUGUACUCUUGGUUCUAUGUCAAGGAGCAUCGCCCGUUGUACGUUAAAAUCAAGGACAUCGACAUCUACACGGGCAUGCGCGAGGGACAGGCCGAACUCAUUAGCGGGCCGCAGGUCUCGGAGCAACAGCGCAGGGAAAGCAUCGCUGAGUUGCAGGAGGAGCAGAAGAAGAAGGGAGUCAUGGACUGGGCAAAGGCUACGGUCCGAGCUGUCUUCUGA